AUGGCUAAGCCAACAAGUGCAACUCCAUUUAAAAUUCGUGAGAGUACACGAUUUUAUCCUUACUUUGAGGAUUGCAUUGGAGCUAUGGACAGUAUACAUAUCCCAGCAAUGGUAGAGAAAAGAAAUGCAUCCGUUUAUCGGAAUCGACAUGAAAUUACAUCUCAAAAUGUGUUAGCGGUUUGCAACUUCGACUUGGAGUUCAUAUACGUGCUCAGUGGAUGGGAAGGGUCUGCUCAUGAUUCGAAAAUACUUAACGACGCAAUGACAAAAAGAAAUGGACUGAAAAUACCGCAAGAGGAAGAGGAAGAUAGCCAUCCAUCAACGCUUGUAAAUGACGAUGAAAUUUUGACACAACAAACUCAAGAACAACAACGUCAAGAAGCUAAUGCAUGGAGAAAGAGUAUAACAGAUGAUAUAAGAGAAGAUGUUGUUGGAGUUGGAGCUGUGUAUUUCGAAAAAGGAAAGAACAGUCACGGAGCGGAUGACAAAAGUUGUCAAGAUGGUCUGGAUGUUGAUAGUUCUCGUAGUAGCAGAGAUGCUGAUGAUCACAAGGGUGAUUGGCUGAUGGAGUUCAUUGAUCUUCGGUGA